CCACAGCUUCUCAGCCGCGUCAACUGCUGUGAAAGUCUCCCAAUUCAUCACCACUUCUCUGGGAUAAGGAGAGCCACCUCUCCACUUCGAGACUUCCCCUCCACCACUACCACUACCCUUCGUGUCUUCCUCGCCUCACCCCCUUUCUUCUCUUCUAAUAUUAUUAUAAUACCACGUAGCCCGCCCGCUUCUAACAACUACAACUUCAUUCGUUUUUUCUUUCUUACUCCUAUUCUUUAGCUUUUUUUUUCUUCUUGUGCAUCUAUCCUUUGUUCUUCGGCUAAAAUCGCUUUCCUUUGAUUUGAUUUGAGAACACGUUUAUAGAUUAGCCAUGUCGGAUUCCCCUCCGAGUGUUCGCCAGCGCGCCUCGAAGAAGAAGGGUACGGCGCAGGCUGUACUGAACUCUGGAUCGGGCUCAAAUUCUGAGGACGAACUGCUCAGCAAGAAACAGAAGGUUUCUGCGCCUGUCCCGGGUGCAUUCGGUCAUGCCCAAGGCCCGUUCCGAAUCUGGCUCUUCUUGUUGACCGCUGCGGGCAUCAUUACAAGAUUCUACAAGAUUAGCCAUCCUAAUGAAGUAGUCUUUGACGAGGUCCACUUUGGAAAGUUUGCAUCCUAUUAUCUUCAACGAACUUACUUCUUUGAUGUCCAUCCUCCGUUUGGGAAGCUCCUUUUCGCCCUGAUGGGUUGGUUCGUUGGUUAUGAUGGUCACUUCUUGUUUGACAACAUUGGUGAUUCCUACAUUGACAACAAGGUCCCUUAUGUCGCAUUCCGCGCCAUGCCCGCCAUGUUGGGUGCUUUGACGGUCCCAGUGGUUUUUUUGACUAUGUGGGAAAGCGGCUACAGCCUUCCUGCUUCAAUUGUUGCCGCCGGGUUAGUCUUGUUUGACAAUGCGCAUAUCGGCCAAACUCGUCUCAUUCUCCUCGAUGCUACUCUUAUUUUCUCGAUGGCUUGCUCUCUCUUAUGCUAUGUCCGGUUCUACAAGCUCCGUCAUCUCCCAUUCAGCCGCAAAUGGUGGAAGUGGCUGCUUUUGACUGGUGUAGCUCUAUCAUGUGUCAUUUCCACCAAAUACGUUGGUGUUUUCACCUUUGUGACAAUUGGCGCUGCUGUCGGAAUUGAUCUCUGGAACCUUCUUGAUAUCAAGCGUGGCUUGACAAUCCAGGAAUUCACCAAGCACUUUAUUGCAAGAGCCUUUGGUCUUAUUGGAAUCCCGUUCUUCUUUUACCUUUUCUGGUUCCAGGUCCACUUUGCCAUCCUUUACCGCAGUGGGCCAGGAGAUGAUUUCAUGACUCCUGAGUUCCAGGAAACAUUGAGCGAUAAUAUCAUGACACUGAACAGCGUUGACAUCCACUACCAUGACACCAUUGUCAUUCGUCACAAGGAAACCAAAGCUUAUCUGCAUUCCCACCCAGACAAGUAUCCUUUGAGGUACGAAGACGGCAGAAUUUCAUCUCAAGGGCAGCAGGUUACCGGAUAUCCGUUUGAGGACGUCAACAACGACUGGAUUAUCAUCCCCGGAGAUCCGACUCCUGAGGACAGUGACAAAACUUCUAUUGUUAAGAAUGGCGAUCUCGUAAAGCUUCUUCACGUUGUCACCAACACCAUUCUUCUAUCGCAUGACGUUGCCUCUCCCUACUACCCUACGAACCAGGAGUUCACCACCAUCGAUAUCGAGGCAGCCAACACGGAUCGCCAUAAUGACACACUAUUCGAGAUCAGGAUUGAGGGUGGAAAGGUCAAACAGGACUUCAGAUCUAUGUCUGGUCAAUUCAAAUUGAUCCAUAACCCGUCUAAGGUGGCCAUGUGGACACACAGCAAGCCCCUUCCUGACUGGGCCUUCAAGCAACAGGAAAUCAAUGGAAACAAGAACAUUCUCCAGACUUCAAACCUUUGGUUUGUUGAGAACAUUCCAUCCUUGGCGGCCGAGGACCCACGAAAUGUCAGGACACCGAAGGAGGUCAAGUCAAUGCCGUUCCUCAAGAAGUAUUUUGAACUCCAACGUACCAUGUUCCACCACAAUAACGCAUUGACUUCGUCCCAUCCCUAUUCAUCCCAACCUAUCCAAUGGCCCUUCUUGUUGCGUGGCGUUUCAUUCUGGACCAAGAAUGAUACUCGAGAACAAAUCUACUUCCUCGGAAACCCCAUCGGCUGGUGGCUUGCGUCUGCGGUUCUUGCAGUCUUUGUUGGCAUCGUUGCCGCAGACCAGCUCACGCAGCGAAGAGGUGUAGAUGCUCUUGAUAGAAGAACCCGAAGCAAACUUUACAACUCUACUGGUUUCUUCUUCCUCGCAUGGGCAGCUCAUUAUCUCCCAUUCUUUUUGAUGGGGCGACAGUUGUUCUUGCACCAUUACCUACCUGCGCAUCUUGCCUCUUCUCUGGUAACAGGAGCAUUGGUAGAGUUUGUCUUCUGCGUCGAACCACUCGAGACGGAGAAGGUGGGGAAGGACGGAAAGAAGAAGUAUACUCCCCGCUCCGGGCCUCAGAGUUUGGCUGCGGCCUGGGCUGCAGCAGUCGUUGUUAUUGCAGCCGUUGCCGGUGGAUGGUAUUUCUUUAUCCCAUUAACAUAUGGUAGCCCUGGACUGGACGUUUCCCAAGUUGUUGCCAGACAAUGGCUCGGUUAUGACCUCCAUUUCGCGAAAUAGGUUGGCUUAAUGGAAGAUCGUUUUGGGACUCGUUCAUCUCCUUUUUCCUUAGAUCUCCAAUUUUUCCCGCGUUUAUUUACUCCAAGGAGGGCUCUUGUGGAGAAUUUUCAAUUUGAAUGAGGUCGGGGGUAAUUCAAAAAAUAUCGCAUUAGGGGACACUUGCUCGUGAUGGCGGUUUGGGUGGAGUAUAGGGAUUGUAUGGAGCAAGGUGCACAAAAAAGUGUUGGCGGUGGUGUUUUCUUUCUUUGUAUUUUCGAACGAGACCCCGGUUGGGGAUAUGUUUGGGGUUAUCAGCUGAAUGAUGUUUUUCUUCUGUAUGGAUACCGAAUCCCACUCUCUAUUUCACGA